GUUGGUGGGCCCUCGAGAAAAAAAAGGUUAGCCGGUUGUCAUUUGCUUGGCUGCACUAGGUCACCGUCAUCGACAUUCUGUUGUGGAACACCGCCGCUGUCUGGUUUGCGAGUGGCGCUCAGGGGAUCCAUGGCGAGAACAGAAGCUGUGCCUGGCGACUCUGCGUUCCCGAGUCGGGGAGGAGCUGCAGGAGCAGCUGGAGGCAGCACCAGCGGCGGCAGCGGCAGUGGGUCCUUGCCGAGGGUCCGACCGCGAUGCAGCGAACACCCGAGGAUAAUGUGUCUGGCCACGCCAGCGCCAAAUAGGACGACGAGCACGCCGCCUGCUAUUCUCAGUAGCCGGUUCCGGCUGAGGCUCGCACUCGCCUCGAGCUUCGUCGCGGCGUGGCUUCACUUUACGCAACAUGGUCCGACCAGCGAGCGGGUACAGGAUGCAGCGGCACUCAUUCCCAAAGAAGUCGACAGCAACGACGAAGUAAUCAGCGAGCGGACAGGCUAUCCCGUGCGGAACGGUACGCGGAGGCUGCUCCUUCAGCAGCAACAUCAGAAGUCUCGAAGACGAGGAGCCGCCCUUCCCAUCUCGGCUUCUUUGGAUGCUAGUGGAAGACCCAUAUGGACAACAUCGCAGCCUCGGCGAACGUCUUCGGUGAGAAGCUUUUCGAGUGAUGCAACCGCAACUGCAGCAAAGAGAGACUCGGAGCCCACUCCAGAGGAGCUUGUCCACUCGUCUGCAUCGAAGGAGCGUAAAGGGAGCGAAGGGGCGGAAGCCUUGGACCAGGUCACGGACAUCAACAAGCUCAUGUGGCAUCCCGACUUGCUCAAGGACAUCAAAGCGCCCCGGCAUCCCAUUGUUCUAUGCCAUGGCCUCUAUGGCUUCGAUGUGCGCGGGCCGUUUCUGGGUCUCGAGAUCCACUAUUGGGCCUCUGUCCUGGACGUCCUCAGGAAGAAGGUGGGCGCAGAGGUCAUCGUCCGAGGUGUACCAGGGACGGGAGCGAUUGCGGACCGAGCGCUUGCGCUGCACAAGUUUCUCAUGAGUCCCGAAGCGGGCUUGCGGGGAAAGAAGAUCAAUUUCAUCGGCCACAGCAUGGGCGGCCUCGAUGCACGGCACGUCAUCAGCGUCAUCAAGCCCGACACAAAGGGAGAGUACGAGCCCGUGAGCCUGACGACGGUUGCGACGCCGCACCGGGGAAGCCCCUUUAUGGACUGGUGCAAUGCCAAUGUCGGCACGGGUAAUGAAAGAGUCGAGACUGAGAUCAGAGAGGCGCGAGAAAGGCUCAAGGAACAAGGCACAAGUGCUCAUGUCGGUGCGCUCGACCAUGAUGGCCAGGUAAAGGUACCCUACAGCCUCAAGACUCCCCUCUUUGUGCGUCCCAAGCAAGACAAGUCGAGUGGCAACGACGCGGAAAAGCCCGAGCCACAACAGCCAAAACAGCAGCAGCAGCAGCAGCAGCAGCAAGCGUCGGCAGAGGUCCAAAAGGCAAAAGAAGAGCCUGCGACAAAGAUUGCGGAAGACCAAGGGACGGUCGCAGAUGUGAAAGAAUACGUCGGAGAUGCCGCCGAGAAGCUGACGGCGAGCGUCGUGGCUGCCGCAACCUCGCCGGCUGGUGCUUCUCCCAAUGUAGAAGCUACGGCAUCAAGUCUGUCUUCAUCGCCGACAAAAGACAAGAAGAAGUCCAAGUCGGACGGCUCGUCGAUUCUCGACUUUACCGCCUUCACAAAAGCACUGUCGUCGAUCGGUGGAUCCUUUUCCGCGUACAUGCUCUCCGUUUUGGACCAGCCGGCCUAUGCGAUGCUCUCGACACGAUACAUGGCCCAGGCAUUCAAUCCCUCGGUGCCCAACUCGCCCAAGGUGGCUUACUACAGCGUCGCGGCGCGCACACGCCGGCUUUCGAUCUGGCACCCGCUCUGGCUCCCCAAGCUCGUCCUGGACGCUGCAGCCGAGAGCCGAAGCGCCGGCGGAGAACGGGACGGGAGUGGAGAUGCGCUAGGCAAGGAAACGCAGGGCAACGACGGCCUCGUCAGUGUCGAGAGCGCCAAGUGGGGCCACUUCAUGGGCGUCGUGGAUGGUUGUGACCACUGGGAUCUUCGUGGAGGCGGCGCGCCGCGAUGGCGAGGCAGGAUCAACCCGGCGACGGGUAAAGCGUGGGCCAAGGACCCGAGCAAAGAGGAAGAGAUCAAGCAGAAAAAGGCAAAGGAAAAGGAGGAGAGCUGGAUUGACAUCAACAAGAUCCUCGGCCGGUUAGUAGGUGACAGCAAGAAGAAGAAAGACGGCAAGGGCAGCAAUGGCACAAACGAGGAGAGAGAGGCUGUCAAGGAGGGAGAAAAGGAGGAGCAACCCUCGAAUGCAGCCGUGGCCAAGGCCAAGGCUGGAUUCAUGGACGAGGUGGCUGGUUGGAUCUCGGACCGACUGCCGCAGAGGGAUGAAAGCAGGCGCGCCGAAGCAGAGAGGGUGGCCGAUGAGCAAGAUCGCAAACAAAUCAGAAUGGAGCAACGGCUCCAGCAACAAGAGCAAAUGCGAGAGGAGGAACAGCAUGAGCAGCAACAACAGGAGCAACAACAAGAACCACAAAAGCAGCAUGAGCAGCAAGAGCAGCAAGAGCAGCAUGAGCAGCAAGAGCAGCAAGAAGGCGACCGUGCAGAGGACAAGAAGACGGACGGUCUCGCGACAGAGGCUGUUAGUGACCAGACGUUCACGCAAGCGGCACGGAUCCAGACUAAGCUCCGAAGGGAAGCGGCCUGGGAAGAGGAGCUCGGUCAUCUACAGAGGGCCCGAGAGCUCCGAAGAGAACUUGCGUGGCAUCGAGCCGAGUGGGACCGAACGAGAGCCUCGAGCGAGGGAGCCGCCAGCGGCAAGGACGGCGACGGCCCCAAGCGAUCAACGCCGCGAGAACUGGAUUGGGACGCCCAUGCCAAGCAGCGUCAGAGUUCUGCUCCCGCCAAAGCAGCGACAGAGGCACAAAAGGUCGAGGCGAAUGAGCUCGAGCGCUUCUGGAUUGCCAUCUGCAGACAUCUUUGGGCGCAAGGAUUCUGAGAUUACCUACUUGCAUGUGCUUUAGAGACCUGCCGUGGAUGUGCAAUACACUACUGCCACAGAUCUCCGCACCGAAGCGCCCUCUUCCUUCAGAAGUCAAGAGUCAUAUGGAGAUUGGACAUGCACUUUUGAAUGUAUCAUA